CCACAAUUACUUGUCCCUCGCCCAUGUGGCCAGCUUUCAAAGCCUGGGGCUGGAGGUUAUUGUUUGAGAGAAGUUUUGAAGUCAGACCAGUCUUUGUAUUGCACAGUCCAAGUAAAUGUCCAAAAGAUAUGUCAAGAGUCCUGCAACUUGUCAAAACCAUAUCAUGAGCAGCCCAAAGACAUACACAUGUUAAUCAAAACUAUGGUUCAGCACAACUUCCCCUCAUUGAAGCAGUAUCAAGAUGCAUGGCCUGCUGCAGAUUUUGCCACUAUAUUCCUGAAGAAUACAUCCUUAGUGAGGCAGUGA